AUGGAGCCUCGCUUCGGAGGCGCCGCAAGCGGCAUGCGACCACAGCCCCCAGGGUCACCAGUCUCUGGGCCAAGGGGCGCCGCCACAUCCCACCAUCCAUGCAAAUGUGCCCUUUCUGGCCCGCCUGAAUGUCGUUAUUUUCGUGGCAACCCGCCCCGGUGGACACUCAUCAGCUCUGCGCUGGACAGCCAGCAGCACUGCAGUCCGGCGCACACCCGCCCGCUCGCGCCCACCACCGGCUACGCGCACACACCCCCCACCAGCCCGCACCCCCCGGCCCCUUGGCGACGCAUGGACCGCAGCCUGAGCGUGGACGACCUGGUGGGGGGCAUAUGGCGGCUGGGCCAGGCGGGCAUGGGGCGGUCCGAUUCGGAGGCCGCCCUGCAAGAGCUCCUGAAGAGCUUCCCGUCCACCAAUAGCCUGGCGGCGCAGGCAGGAGGCGGCGGCGGCGGUGCGCUGUCGGGCGGCGGCCCCAUGGACGGCGGCCAGGCGGAGGACAGGGUCGUGCAGUCGUCCAACGGCAAGGCGGCGCCGAUGGCGGGGUUCGGGACGGCAGGCGCGAUGUCCGCGGGCUUCCCCGCGACCUCGAUGGACCUGUCCUCGCUGCCCCAGGUGUUGCAGGCCAACGGCCUGCACGCCGCCCUGUCUGCCGUCCCCGGCCUCCAGGGUGCAAACCACCCACUGAUGGCCGCCACGGGGGGCCUGUCGCCGGCGGCGGCCGCGGCUGCUGCGGCCCUGCAGCUGUCGCAGCUGGGCGGUUCCGCAGCGGGGGUGCACGCGCCGAUGGGCGCCAUCGACAGGGAGUCGCUGGAGAAGGCCGAGCAGAGGCGGGCGAGAAGGAUGCUGUCAAACCGUGAGUCAGCAAGAAGAUCGCGUCGAAGGAAGCAGGAACAUCUUUUGACCAUGGAAGAUCAGAUAAACAUUCUUGUCGAAGACAAGCGCAAAUGGACAGAAGAGAAGGAAUCUCUUGAGCGUCGUUGCCAGGUGGCUGAGGAGGAGGGCAGCAAGCUCAGAGAGGAGAAUCAGCGUUUGAGAGAUGAACUCAGAAUUCUCGAUCUAGUGAAAAGCGAUUUGCUGGGUCGCUCCUUUGGCAGCAGUCUGAAGGAUUUUCAAGGAGGUUACAAGGAGCCUGCCGACCAACCUGUGUUUAAGCGAGUGAAGAUGGAAGGGGAGGUGGGCCAGAACGUGCCAAAAAGCGAGCAGGACGAACGCACAACGGGCCAGUGCGAUCAAGAUGCUGUUGAGCAAGGAGGGCCUGAGAAUGAAAAUGAUUUGGGAGGCGAUCAACGGCAUUGA